AUGGCUACCAGGGCAUACAUGGAGGAGGCUGAUGACGAUGGGAACCCUAUCGACGACACGAGGACAUAUGUCUCCACAGCACCGCCUAACAUGAAAGAGGCAGCCAACGUCUCACGGACAAGGAAUCACACGCUGACCAGGGGGACGUCGUCGUCGCCAAACCCCACCCACGUUCACACCGACUCCGAGUCUACUACCCAACCUAACAGCCCGCUCAGGAGGGAAUCCAGGAAGCCCAAGACAAAGCCUCGGGACAAGGACAGGCCAUCGAGCAAGAAAACGGUCACACAUGCUCCUGUCAGGCCCAGUGCGAAGUCGUCCAAGACUCUCCCCAACCUUCACACAUCUGCAACGAGAAGGUCACAGGAGCAGUCCACCUUCUACGGCAUCAGUCCCACUGCUACCAGUCCAAUCCUUACUGCUGCCGCCACUUCGUCGCGUCCGAGGGCAUACACUGCGAACCAACGGCCGUCCAGUUACUACGGCGCACCGUCCAAGCCACCGCAGUCGAACGCAAGGUACUGGCAACAACCUCAUCCCGCCCUGGGUACAUCCUUUCCACCUCAGGCGCCUUACCCGCCACCAAGUGCUCCUCAGUACCAUUCUCCCUUUGCACCGCCACCACCACAGCAGUUUACUCAAGCACCAGUAGACUAUCUCAAUAGCCAGGAUCCCUUGGCAGCCCGAUUCGGUUAUGACCCGCUUCGCCCGCGGUCAGCCAUGGGCCGCCAUAUCAUCGAUUACAACCCAGAGUAUGAUGACCAGGAACAUGGCGGCGCUCUUGUACGCAGGCCGUCUCUAACCAGGAGGAGGUCUACGAGGCAGGAUGCAGAUCGCGUUCGUAUGCCUCCCCCGGCGCGGCCCAGUACAAUGCGCCCACAGGCAUCGUCAGCUUACGCACCGCCGGCUCCAAAACGGCGGUCGAUUGCAUCCGUUGGAUCACUGUACGACGAUGAGUCCCUCGACGGGGAUGAUUCUCUCUACAGUGGUGUAUCGCCACUUGAGCGAUAUCCUCAUCCAGUCCGUCGUCCAAGCAUCGACUCCACAGUUUAUGACAUAGGACAUGGCUACGCCGAGGUAGCUGGCAGGCGGAGUCGACGAAACUCCCAAUACGGAGCACGCAGGCAGUCGACGGAUCUGGAAAUCGAGGACAAGUACAAGUCGGCAAUGCAGUACCAGGAGGAUGUGGACGGGCCAACGAACAUCCUGACAGCCGACUCCCUGCGUAAAAUCAACAAAACUCCAAGCAGGAGCACCAAAAGCUCAGGCAGCAGGGGGGAGAGCGGCUACGGGCGCUCCGCAGCCACGAGGAACAGCAUGGACAACGAUGACAUGACCAUCUUCGUCAAGGGCAUGGGUUCCCUGACCAUAGGCAACGCCCAGCUGGACAUCAAGGACGGGGCCGAGAUCGCCAUCCGCACAAAUGGCAGCGACAGGAACUCGCGAGGCGGGAGCGAAAACGCUUCCACGGCCUAUGCCGAUGACACUCGCACGGCGAGGUUCGAGCGACCCCAGGGGCGCGUCCGAACAGGCUCCCGGGCAGGAUCGCACUCGCGCGGCUUUGCGCAUCACGGCCCACCGCCUCCUCCACCCCAGACGGACUACUACGGGAAUCCCGAAGACGCUUGUGACGCACAUGAUGAGAACGAUGAUGACGACGAUGACGACGACGAUGAUGAUUAA